CCCACACAGAGACUCCAACGACCUUACACAAAAUUGAAGAGACAUAGAAAUAUAGAAGAAGAACACCCACCAAACCAAAGCAGUACAAUGCAAAUAAAUACCAACCGCCCACCAUAGUUGAAACUUGAACAAGCCUUUUUAAGUCAGUCCCCAUCUGUCCUACAUUAAGUGUAAGCUCCGCCACAACAACACUAUAUAGCCAACGACCAAACCAACCAACUAAACCAACCACUUGGUACUGUGGACGAGAGAGAGAGAGAGAGAGAGAGAAGAGAAUGGCGAGCUCUGGAGCAACAUUGGAGGACAUACCUUCGGUUGACAUCAUGACUGAACUCCUCCGUCGCUUCAAGUGCAACUCCAAGCCUGACAAGCGCCUCGUUCUUGUUGGUCCACCUGGAUCUGGAAAGGGUACACAGUCACCAAUUAUUAAGGAUGAUUAUUGCUUGUGCCAUUUGGCUACUGGUGAUAUGCUAAGAGCUGCAGUUGCUGCAGAGACUCCUCUUGGAAUUAAGGCUAAAGAAGCAAUGGUGAAGGGAGAACUUGUAUCUGAUGAUUUGGUUGUUGGGAUUAUUGAUGAAGCUAUGAAGAAGCCAUCAUGCAAGAAGGGUUUCAUUUUGGAUGGUUUUCCAAGGACCUUGGUUCAAGCACAAAAGGUUGCAUUCUUUUUUGUUUAUCUCAUGGUGUAG